UCUGCCACUACUGAACGCAGGGGAAAAAAGAACACGGGCUUAGGGUUUGACUGAUAACGCAAAUCGGGUUAAUCCUCGGGUUAAUUACCGGAUUCCGGCAACUUCGGGAGAUUCCGGCGACAAUCCAAUAUACGAUCUGCAAUUCUAGUUUCCAGUAAGCCAGAAAUUGAUCGCGUAUUGGUGGAGAAAUCAGCGGGGAACUGCUUUAAAGCCCUGAAGCCAGUCACUCGUAGAUGCAGCGAAAAUGUUGGAGAGAGAGUGAGAGAAAGUCGGUUGUUGACGUCGGGAUCAGUGGACCAAAAGGGCGCCAAGAGUCGUAAAAAGUGCUUUUGAAUAGCGGUUUUCCCAAGCGCAGAUUUUUGGGGAUUUUGUAAUUUGGUCUAUUUUGUUUGGUUUUUGCUAUUUUUGAAUUCGUGUAUGCAAUCUGGUGGCACGCAACAGGGCGUUGGCGCCCCAGGUCAUGGCCGGAAUCCAGCCAUGGCCCCACCCGGCCGGUCUUCUUCUUCUUCUUCGGCAUCGCCGUCUUCUUCUUCGUCGGCGGUGUCGGCUCCACAUCUAGGGUUUGAUUCGAUUCAGCAACAGCAACAUCAGCAGCAACAACAGCAGCAGCAGCAGCUCGCGUUUAGGCAGUCAUUACAACAGCUUAGAAAACCUGAAGGAGAUGAAGGCCUACUAGCAUAUCAAGCAGGUGGUAUCCAUGGAGUCAUGGGUGGGAGCAACUUCCCUUCAUCCUCUGGCUCCAUGCAUUUGCCUCAACAGCCUAGGAAGUUCAUUGAUUUGUCUCAGCAACAUGGUCACUCUCAGAUUCGUGAGGAGAGUCAGAACAAAGGUCAAGGCCCUGAGCAGCAUAUUCAGAACCCAAUUCAUCAGGCGUAUAUCCAAUAUGCAUUGCAGGCUUCCCAGCAGAAGACUGCUCUUGGGAACAUGCAGCCACAGCAACAAGGUAAGAUGGGAAUGGUGGGCCCUCAAACUGUGAAGGACCACGAUGUACGUUCAGGCAAUCUGAAAAUGCAGGACCUGAUGUCCAUUCAGGCAGCUAAUCAGGCACAGGCAUCUUCCUCCAAAAAGUCUGCUGAACAUUUAGUGCUUGGUGAGAAGCAAAUGGAGCAAGUGCAGCAGCCAACUUCUGAUCAAAGGGGUGAGCCUAAGCCUCUGCCUCAGAUGGCAGCAAUUGGACAGAUGUUGGCAGCAAACAUGAUAAGGCCUGUGCAGUCAUCACAGUCUCAGCCAUCCAUCCAAAACAUUGUUAACAAUCAGCUUGCAAUGGCACAGUUACAAGCAGUGCAGGCUUGGGCAUUGGAACACAAUAUCGAUCUGUCUCUACCUGCCAAUGCUAAUUUGGUGUCUCAAAUUAUUCCACUUUGGCAAUCUAGAAUGGCUGCACUUAAGAAGCCAAAUGAGAGUAAUGCUGCACAAUCCUCACUGCAAGGUACCACAUCAAAGCAGCAGGCUGUUCCUUCUAUGGUUGCUGGUGAGAACUCUAUUCAUGGAAAUUCAUCAAGUGAUAUGUCUGGCCAGUCUGGCCCUGUAAAAACAAGACAGGCAGCUCCUACUGGGCCUUCUCCAACUACUGCAGCUGCUGCAAUGGUCAAUUCUAAUAACAUUCAAAUGCAGCCGGUUACUGUUCAUGGCCGAGAGAACCAGACUCCCAGACAGCCAGCUGCAAUUGGAAAUGGAAUGCCCCCAAUUCAUCCACCACAGACUUCUGUGAACACAAGCCAGGUAUUGGAUCAUUCUCUGCAUGCAAGAAAUUCCUUGACUGGGACUGAAUCUUCUGUGCAAAUGCAGUACUUCAGACAGUUGCAGCAGUUGAACAGAUCCACUCCACAAUCUGCAGUUCAAUCAACUGAUGGGGUCUCAGGCACCAACUUCCCAUCUCAGGGUAGAAUUGCCCAGAUGCCACAACAGCGUCUUGGGUUUACUAAGCAACAACUCCAUGUCCUUAAAGCCCAAAUAUUGGCAUUUAGGCGUCUGAAGCGAGGAGAAAGCAGUCUACCUCAAGAAGUGCUUGGAGCUAUUGCCCCACCACCGCUCGAGUCACAGCUACAGCAGGUAUUCCUCCCCCCUGCAGUCAUGGUUAAUCAUGAUAGAUCUACCGGGAAGAACAUUGAAGAACACACAAGACAUUCAGAGGCCCUUGAAAAGCCUCCGCAGGUCUCACCUUUAAGCAGCAGACAAAGUCUGCCAAAAGAUGAACCCUUCACAGGAGAAGAGAAAACAAAUUCAUCUGCUGUUCACAUUCAAGGGGUGACGGCUGUCACAAAGGAGCCCAUUCGUAUGGGAUCUGUUGGGAAGGAAGAUCUGCAAAAUACAACAUUUACUGUGAAGUCAGAGCAUGAAAUUGAUCGGGGGAGUAUGAAGGUUCCUGUUAAAGGUGAUUUUACUGCAGAUAGAGGAAAGGCUCUUCAACCUCAGGUAGCUGUAUCCGAUGCUGUACAAGUUAAGAAACCCAAUCAAGCAAGCACUGUGCCUCAGCAAAAAGAUGUUAGCCCCAUGAGAAAGUAUCAUGGACCGCUUUUUGACUUCCCCUUUUUUACUAGGAAACAUGACUCAUUUGGCUCUGCAGUGGUUCUGAAUAACAUGAAUAAUUUAAUGCUGGGAUAUGAUGUGAAAGAUCUUCUAUUUGAGGAAGGCACUGAAGUACUUAACAAGAAAAGGACAGAGAAUCUAAAGAAGAUAGGUGGGCUGCUAGCGGUGAAUUUAGAGAGGAAGAGGAUCCGACCAGAUCUUGUCUUGAAGCUGCAAAUUGAAGAAAGGAAAAUUCGGCUUUUAGAUCUCCAGGCACGUGUUAGAGAUGAAGUUGAUCAACAGCAGCAGGAGAUAAUGGCAAUGCCUGACAGGCCAUACCGAAAGUUUGUUCGGCUUUGUGAACGUCAACGUAUGGAGCUCAGUAGGCAAGUGCAACUUUCUCAGAAGGCCAUGAGAGAAAAACAACUAAAAUCCAUUUUUCAGUGGCGUAAGAAGCUUCUUGAGGCACACUGGGCCAUUCGUGAUGCAAGGACUGCUCGCAACAGGGGAGUUGCCAAAUACCAUGAGAGAAUGUUGAGAGAGUUUUCAAAGAGAAAGGAUGAUGACAGGAAUAAAAGGAUGGAAGCUUUGAAGAAUAACGAUGUUGACCGGUAUCGUGAAAUGUUACUGGAGCAGCAGACCAGCAUCACAGGUGAUGCUUCUCAGAGAUAUGCUGUUUUAUCGUCAUUUCUGUCACAGACGGAAGAAUAUCUUCAUAAACUGGGAGGGAAGAUAACAGCUGCUAAGAACCAGCAGGAUGCAGAGGAGGCAGCAAAUGCUGCUGCUGUUGCUGCACGAUCUCAGGGUCUCUCAGAAGAAGAAGUCAAGGCUGCAGCAUCUUGUGCUCGAGAGGAAGUAAUGAUAAGGAAUCGGUUUUCCGAGAUGAAUGCACCAAAAGAUAGUUCAUCUGUCAAUAAAUAUUACAAUCUUGCACAUGCUGUGAAUGAAAGGGUCCUGAGGCAACCCUCAAUGUUACGUGGUGGAACCUUGCGUGAUUAUCAGCUUGUUGGGUUGCAGUGGAUGCUUUCUUUGUAUAAUAACAAACUAAAUGGGAUUUUGGCUGAUGAGAUGGGUUUAGGGAAGACUGUGCAGGUAAUGUCACUGAUUGCUUAUCUGAUGGAGUUCAAGGGGAACUAUGGGCCACACCUUAUAAUUGUUCCAAAUGCUGUUUUGGUUAACUGGAAGAGUGAAUUCCAUAAUUGGUUGCCAUCUGUGUCUUGCAUCUUUUAUGUUGGUGCAAAGGAGCAAAGGUCAAAGUUAUUUUCUCAAGAAGUUUGUGCCAUGAAGUUUAAUGUGCUGGUUACGACAUAUGAGUUCAUCAUGUAUGAUCGUUCAAAGUUGUCAAGAGUUGAUUGGAAGUAUAUCAUAAUUGAUGAAGCACAACGUAUGAAGGAUAGAGAAUCAGUUCUAGCACGUGAUCUUGAUAGAUAUCGCUGUCAGCGACGCCUACUUCUUACAGGAACUCCAUUACAGAAUGAUCUGAAAGAACUUUGGUCACUUUUAAAUCUACUCCUUCCGGAGGUCUUUGAUAAUCGCAAAGCAUUUCAUGAUUGGUUUUCAAAACCUUUCCAAAAAGAUGGUCCUCCACAAAAUUCUGAGGAUGACUGGCUUGAGACUGAAAAAAAGGUCAUCAUUAUCCACAGACUACAUCAAAUCCUGGAGCCUUUUAUGCUCAGACGCCGUGUUGAAGAUGUAGAAGGGUCACUCCCACGCAAGGUUUCCAUUGUUUUGAGGUGUAGGAUGUCAGCUAUUCAAGGUGCCAUAUAUGAUUGGAUUAAAUUCACUGGUACCCUUAGGGUUGAUCCCGAGGAAGAAAAGCGGAGAGUUCAAAAGAAUCCGCAUUAUCAGGCUAAAAUAUACAAGACUCUUAACAAUAGAUGCAUGGAACUCCGCAAAGCUUGCAAUCAUCCUUUGCUUAAUUAUCCUUAUUUCAGUGAUUUAUCCAAGGGCUUCAUUGUAAAAUCUUGUGGGAAACUUUGGAUCUUGGAUAGGAUUCUGAUAAAACUUCACAGAACAGGGCAUCGGGUACUGUUAUUUAGUACUAUGACGAAACUCCUUGAUAUAUUGGAGGAGUACUUGCAGUGGCGGCGGCUUGUCUAUAGAAGGAUUGAUGGGACAACUAGCUUAGAAGACCGUGAAUCAGCUAUUGUAGACUUCAAUAGCCCCGGUUCUGAUUGUUUUAUCUUCUUACUGAGUAUUCGUGCUGCUGGACGGGGUUUAAAUCUUCAGUCUGCUGAUACAGUUGUCAUUUAUGACCCUGACCCAAAUCCUAAAAAUGAAGAACAAGCAGUGGCUAGGGCUCACCGUAUUGGACAAAAGAGAGAGGUCAGGGUUAUCUAUAUGGAAGCAGUUGUUGACAAAAUCUCUAGCCAUCAGAAAGAGGAUGAAUUGAGGAGUGGGGGUACAGUUGACUUAGAGGAUGACCUUGCAGGAAAAGAUAGAUAUAUGGGAUCCAUUGAAAGCCUUAUUCGCAACAAUAUUCAACAAUAUAAGAUUGACAUGGCAGAUGAGGUUAUAAAUGCAGGUCGAUUUGAUCAAAGAACCACACAUGAAGAGAGGCGCUUGACUUUGGAGACACUAUUGCAUGAUGAAGAAAGGUAUCAGGAAACUGUUCAUGAUGUUCCAUCUCUGCAGGAGGUGAAUCGCAUGAUUGCUCGUAGCGAAGAAGAAGCUGAACUAUUUGAUCAUAUGGAUGAAGAAUUGGGUUGGACUGAAGAGAUGACAAGGUAUGACCAGGUACCAAAGUGGCUUCGGGCCAGCUCUAAAGAGGUAGAUGCUACUGUUGCUACUUUAUCCAAGAAGGUCUCAAAGAACACUUUAGUGGAUAGUAUUGGCAUGGAUUCCAGUGAAAGGGUUUCAGAUUUAUCUCCCAUUAAAGUAGAGAGGAGAAGGGGACGGCCAAAAGGUUCGUCAAAUGGUAAAAAGUUCCCUAUUUACAGAGAGUUGGAUGAUGAAAAUGGCGAGUAUUCUGAAGCAAGUUCAGAAGAGCAGAAUGGAUAUUCUUUGCUUGAGGAGGAAGGAGAAAUUGGAGAAUUUGAAGAGGAAGAAUUUAGUGGUGCUGUUGAUGUGCCUCCAUGCAACAAAGAUCAGUCAGAAGAAGAUGGUCUGGUUAGUGAUGGGAAAUAUGACUAUCCUCGAGCAGCAUCCGAAGGCAACAGAAAUAAUGAUAUGUUGGAAAAAGUUGGUUCUUCAGGAUCAUCCUCAGACAGUCGAAAAUCAGCAAAGACUAUUUCUCCUUCCAUAUCUUCCCAGAAGUUUGGAUCUCUUUCGGCAUUGGAUGCUAGGCCUGGUUCUCUUUCAAAAAGGCCGCCAGAUGAACUUGAGGAAGGAGAGAUUGCUGUUUCAGGUGAUUCUCUAAUGGAUGUCCAACAAUCUGGAAGCUGGAUUCAUGACCGUGAUGAUGGAGAAGAUGAACAGGUUCUGCAACCUAAAAUAAGAAGGAAGCGCAGCAUUCGUCUUCGCCCUAGACAUGCUUUAGAGAGGCAUGAAGAAAAGUCUAGCAAUGAAAAGCCAUUCUCCCAGCGUGGAAGUUCAUCUCAGAUGGUGCUUCAAGUGGACCAUGACUAUGAAGCACAGAUGAAAACUGAUCCUGAACUUGAACAAUAUGGUGAGCCUGUUUCUUUCAGGCAGGAUCUUGGUGAUUCAAUCAUGAAAAGUAAGCGGAAUUUCUCAUCAAGAAGAAUGACAGAUUCUUCAAAGUUGCAUGUUAUGCCAAAAUCUACAGUACAUUCAAGAGAAAAUUGGGAUGGUAAAGCAUCUAACACAAGUGGGGCUGCUUUCUUUAGCUCAAAGAUGUCUGACAUAAUGCAAAGAAAGUACAAGAAUGUAAUCAGCAAGCUUCAGAGAAGAAUUGAUAAAGAUGGCCACCAAAUUGUACCUUUACUGGCGGACUUGUGGAAAAGAAGUGCCAACUCCAGUUAUAUGAGUGGCAUGCCAGGGGGAAAUCUCUUAGAUCUGCGGAGGAUUGAUCAGCGUGUGGACAGAUUAGAAUACAAUGGGGUGAUGGAAUUUGUCACAGAUGUGCAGUUCAUGUUGAAAAAUGCAAUGCAAUACUUUGGCUUUUCAUACGAGGUACGAUCUGAAGCAAGAAAAGUACAAGAUCUUUUCUUUGACAUAAUGAAGAUUGCAUUUCCUGAUGCGGAUCUACAGGAGGCAAGAAAUGCGAUCUCGUUUUCUGGUCCAGGAGCUACCUCUGCCCCAUCUCCAAAACAGGCUACAAACAGCCAAAAUAAGCGUGUCAAGCUGAUCAACAAUGUGGACCCUGAACCUAAUCCUUCAUCAAAGCUGCGUGGCCCCACUUCUGCUGAUGAAGACACAAGGAGUCGAGGCCAUGUGUCCAAGUUACCGAAAGAUUCAAGACAUGCAAGCAGUAGCAGACUGGAGAGGGGACAAGGAGACGAGGCAUCCUUGCUAGCCCAUCCAGGAGAUCUGGUAAUCUGCAAGAAGAAAAGGAAAGAUAGGGACAAGUCUGUGGUGAAGCCAAGGACUGGACCUGCCUCUCCUGGUGUAGGUUGCAAUGUUAGGGGUUCAGGUCCAGGUGCAGGUGCAGGCCCGGGUUCAAGUACGGCCCCUGUUCAGAAGGAUUUGAAAUUGAGUCAACAGUUCGCUCAUCAGCAUGGAUGGGGCCACCAGCCCACUCAACAAACUAAUGGUGAUGAUGGUACUGUGGGUUGGGCGAAGCCUGUAAAGAGAAUGAGAACGGAUGCUGGUAAAAGGAGGCCAAGCCAGUUAUGAUCUAGAAGAGUGUACAUAUAUAUAUCAUGGGGAAAGAAUUGUUAGGCAUUGAUAUCCAUUGUAACUUGUAAGUUUAGUGGCCAGUUUGGCUUGUAGAAUCGAAAAUGACUGAUAUAUACAUAUAUAUUGUUUAUAUAUUCAAGGUUCAAAGUAUCGGAAA